UUACAGUAGAGGCCGAUAUAUUUGUAAUUUUUGAGUCAUCGUCACUGUCCGAUCUUAAAAAAAAACAUAACGGGUUCAUGAAUCGAAAUUGUUUGUGCAAAUUGGUUAUAAUCCCUUAGCAGGUAGCAGUCCAAUCAUCCCAAUGGCACUGUCCAACGUACUAAUACUAAGCCAAGUGGCAGGACAUGUAAUUGCACUAAUUUUAUCGCUAUGCAUUUUGAUUCCGCUAUCGAUUCAUAUGCAUUCCUUCAGUGGCCACUGUUUGCUUUUUGCUACUGGUCAAUGGCAGGAGACGAAUGGGCUCUUUGAUGUGAAAUGGGCAUCGGAUGCCUACUGUAACUAUCCGGGUUUGGUGGGAGUCGCCCUGUUUAUUGCUGCUGGAGUACAGAUCUAUCGAUUGGCAUAUUUGGUAUACCGCGAGCUAGAGAGUUCUUUUCUCGCCCUUUUCUUCGAUGUUGUAUUCAGUGUUAGCUUGUGUGUCAUGUCAAUUAUUUCCGCUAUCAUGAUCACGCUAGGAUUCAUGGCUUGGUGUAGCGAAAUGAUUGAGCGUUUUCCUUCAUGUGCGAUUGCUGACGGACAGAACAUUACUAAUCCUGAGCUGAAUGUGGUAACGUCUGGUUUUUAUAUCGAAAUGGGAACCAUACAAUUCGGUGCGUGGGCUUCGUUCGCAACCUGGGUGGGUCUAUCGGUGUUUGCUCUUCUGAAGCUAAUCAAUAAUCACCAGCUGAGAAAUAUAAAAGUCUCGAUGUACAUCGAACGUCAGCGGCUUGUUAAUGAGGAUGUCUACCGAGGUACGACCUCGGAGAUACCGGCUGGCCAGGGUGACAUAAUUGCAGAACCCACGAAUAACUAGUGAAACUAAACCUCUACGCCAAAUAGAAAAAAAAAAAAUAUUCCGAGUAUGGUUACUUCAAUUAACCCUUCAAGUGAUGAAUUAGUUGUAAUGCUUAAAAUAUCAUGUUAAACGUUGGACAUUGUAUCACACGAAGUACUGUUUUGGUACAAAAUUAUAUUUCGUGGUAUUGUUUUGAUAAUGUUAAAACGCUUGUUUAAGUGUUUGAUAUCGUGUGAUGCACGUAAUGCAACUCAUGUUUUGCCUAAAUUAUAUGUGUAUACUUCCCUAUUGGCAUGUUAUGCUUCAUAUUUUAGGCGAUUUAUAUUAAUCAAAUAAGUAAACUUAACAGGCAUGUAUAAAACAUGACUGACUAAAUAAAAAUAUUGUAUAGAAACAAA